GCACAUAAAGCUCCAAUUCAAGUGGUUCAAGGUAGUCGAUGCUUAAAGAAAGCUUUGACGACAUACCAAACGGAACACAAGAAUUGUUCGCCAUGGGUAUUCGCUUGGGUAUUCGCUGCUCUGUUGCAUUCAUCAAGGCUAUGCAUUCAUAGGUGAUUCCAGGAAUGUGCAGUAAUUGCUGCUAACUGGCUGCUUCCCCUGCCAACUGCAAGUGUCCUACAGCAUGAGCGGUGCUCUAAGAAAGGAGGUGCUAUCUGCCUUCAAGAGGAUACAUCGUGCAAGGGCAGAGGUGUUUGCUGGUGAUGAUGCUGCAUUGUCAGCUGCCAGGAUCAAAAUAAAUGAAGAGUACAAAAAGAACAGGGGAGUGACCAAUGAAGACUCUAUCAAGGAGCUGGUGAACUUCUCGAAAGAAUGUGAAACUGUUCUAUUGAAAACAGUAAUGCAAGCGAAAGAGACGGAGCCUGGCAGAUAUGCCCUGCGCAUCAACAAGGAGACGUACAUGUGGGACAACGUGCCGUACCGGGACGUCGACCUGCCGCCCGCCAGGCCCGGCGGCUGCUCCGACCGAGCCUCGUGACGUCACUGGUUUGGACCUCGUGACGUCACUACGGACCGAUCGGCGUAAGUCCGUCAGAAGCUGUUAACGGCGUAGUGGUUUUGUUUUGACGGUCGGUAGAUGUCGUGCUGUGUUUUUGUUUUGUCCGUAAAGGGAGUGCUGGCGCAGUGUCAUGUGGAGGCUGUGCUGUGAUGAUGUGUUGAGAUUUGAGAAUGAUGCCGUGUGGCGGGCACACCACUCUGUGUCCGUCAGAGAAAAUGGACGCCUUUUGUAGGACAAGGCGAUACACAAGUCUCGCCAUCUCUUGAUGGACUUUACCAGCCUGUUGUUAAAGUUCACUGAUACUAAGUGCAAUUGACCCGAGAACCAUACGAUGGCCGAUGACAUCCAUCCACAUCGACAGGCCUUGUGUUAACAUACAAAACCUUUGAUAGGUGAAUACAGCUAUACAGGGAAUACACACGGUGAAUUCAGCUGUUCGUACCCAUUGGAGUAGCAAACUGAGUGAACUAUUUAUUUACACGAAUUGACGAUGACUUACAGCUGGCAAAGGAGCACGCGAUCGUCAGUAUGACGAACAGUGUGAGUUUAUAUUUGAACAGGCGAUCUUGUAAUGACAUUGCGAUUCGCAUCUAAUCGAACUGAGGCACAUUGCUGUCAGGCGAGAGUUCAAACAUUGUAACAAUCCUGCAUGCCCAUGGACUGAAUCUCAGAUACAAAUAUCUUUUUAAAAUGCA